AGUUUUAUCGAUAUUACUGAAUAGGGAGUCAACGUAGGUAGGACAUGGUACUUCUGUUGUUCGUACUACGUGCGGAAGCUUAUUGAUAGUUUUGCUACUGCUGCUAUUAUUAGUCUGCUGUGGACCUGAUACAGACAAGUAACUGAAACUUAAAAAGUGAACAAUCUAGCAGGUUUUAUUUGGAAACUACUGUGGGAAAAAAAAUAACAUGACUCUGACAAAGGUAUUGUUCAACAACAGCCCAUUAAGCCUGAGAGGACUGGCACGAUUAUUAUCAUCUGUUGCUAAUCCCUCAGCAGAAACUACUAAAUUAUCUAGUGGGUAUUGUUUUGAACUCACUGAUGAGCAAAAGGAAUAUCAAGCUCUUGCUAGAAAGUUUACUCGUGAGGAGAUCAUUCCAAUUGCACAACAUCAUGAUAAAACUGGAGAGUACCCUGAAGAAUGUGUAAAAAAAGCUUGGAAAUUAGGACUAAUGAAUCAAAACAUUCCACAAAAGUAUGGCGGAGCUGGUAUAGGUAUCUUUGAUAGCUGCCUCAUUGCAGAAGAAAUAGCAUAUGGUUGUACAGGGAUUCUAACUGUCUUAACAUCUAAUUGUCUUGGACAAGCACCAGUAAUUCUGGCUGGAAAUGAAGAACAGAAAAAGAAAUACUUAAGCAGAAUGGUAGAAGAGCCUUUAAUAUGUGCCUAUUGUGUGACAGAACCUGUAGCAGGCUCUGAUGUUGCAGGUAUCAAGACAAAGGCAGAGAAGAAAGGUGACAAGUGGAUCCUGAAUGGCCAAAAAAUGUGGAUCACCAAUGGUGGGAAAGCUAAUUGGUACUUUGUGUUGGCUCGCAGCAAUCCAGAUCCCAAGUGUCCAGCUAGUAAAGCAUUCACAGGUUUCAUUGUAGAUGCUAAUUCUCCUGGUGUAUCUUUUGGACGAAAGGAAUGGAACAUGGGACAAAGGGCCUCAGAUACCCGAGGUGUUAUGUUUGAGGAUGUAGAAGUGCCAAAAGAGAAUGUCUUGAUUGGUGAAGGAGCUGGUUUCAAGAUUGCUAUGGGUGCUUUUGAUAUGACAAGAGCUCCUGUGGCUGCGGGUGCUGUAGGCCUUGCACAAAGGGCUUUCAAUGAAGCUACAAAAUAUUCAUUGGAACGUAAAACAUUUGGUAAUCUAAUUGCUGAGCACCAAGCUGUUCAGUUCAUGUUGGCUGAAAUGGCUAUUGGUGUCGAAACAGCCAGGUUGGCAUGGAUGAGAGCAGCAUGGGAGAUCGACCAGGGCAGGAGAAAUACAUACUGGGCAUCCAUUGCUAAAGCCUUAGCCAGUGAUGUAGCUAAUAAAUGUGCUACUGAUGCAGUUCAGAUCUUUGGUGGAAAUGGCUUCAACUGUGAAUAUCCGGUUGAGAAGUUGAUGCGCGAUGCAAAAAUAUUUCAGAUAUACGAAGGUACUUCCCAGAUCCAGAGGCUGAUAAUCAGUAAAGAGCAUCUAAUGAAGGCUAAAGAAACCUUGAUGUAACAAAAAAAAAAGUCAGAAGCAAAUAAAAUGCCAGAUCUUGAAAGCACUGAAUAAAGGUCUACUUUCAGGCCUACUGACAUCUGUAAUUUGCUCAAUCAACUGCUUAUAUGGGGGGGAGAAAAAAAGUUUAAUAUUUUGUAAACUCUGUGCACCAGAUUUGAACUUAAUAAUCAUAAUUAAAAAAAGUGGUGGCUAAAUGAUUAAUAAAAUCAAAUACAGUAAUACUUUAUAAUACAAAAAUAGUGGUUUCUCUUUAUAAAAAAAAAAAUAAUUGUUAUAUUUUCACAUUACAAUUUUGACUGUAUUCAACAAGCCAGAAGUUUCAGUUUAAUCAAUGUAAUAAAAUAUUUUACAAUUACAUAUACUUCUUGUACUAUUUUUUUUUUUCACUUAGUGAAUGUAGUUGGGUAUCAAUAGGGUACCCGAACCUCAUAAAAACAGUAUCUGAGAUUUUUGAAACUAUCAAAUCAUUACAUUUUCUUAAUAGUCUGAUUUGAUUCAAAUUCUUUGUUUAGGUUCAACAUGUCUGUAAGGGGAUGGUUAAAUACAUUAACUGAAAGUUAACAUGCAAUGGUAUGUUGGUAGAUACAAGUUAAAACUUGUGGUUCAGGAGUCUAUGUGCUGCUCUGGGUGAAACCCCUUUUACACGUUUCCAUUCUUAUGAGUUUUUCUUAAAACUUGCUUGUACCUAAUUUUUAUUUUUCUGCAAAAUCUUUUAAAUUUGUUGUAAUCCAAUUUAUUAGUGACCAUUCCCUUCAAAUUUUGCAAGCAAAACAAAGUGUAGUAAUAAAGUGGCAUAUAAUUCUUACACAGGCAAAGAUAAGAUAUCAAUAUAACGUUCUCCAUAUAAUGUUGUUUGUUGUAAGCAGGGCCCUACAUUUUCAGUUUUGAUUUCAUUUAAGUUUUCCCGCGAAUUUAUCGGUGUUUAUUACAACAACGUAACAGAUGAAAAUUGGUGCAAAAAACUCUUAAUAAUUUUACUAGGUAAAUGUAGGGGUUUGUUUUGGUGGAUACAAGAACAGGGGGAAAAGUAUUUUGUAAAUUAAUGCCUUGAUGAAUGGAAUUAAAUGUGAUUUGCUGCAGAGAUUAAAACAAAAUGCGGCCUCUGAGUUUAAGAAAAUUAUAUUUCUCUAAUUCCCAAUAAAACUUUUCAUUUUAAUAGAGUUUACUGUUGUAGACUUAGAACUUUUAGCCUGUAAGUAUUUACAUUUAGGCCUAAUAUUUUAAAAUGUGUAAGUGGUAGGUAUAAGUGUGGAUGUCAUGACCCACAUGGUGGGCGUGGGAUUCAUCAGUAUGUUCAGAUGCAUACGCACUUCAGAGCUUGCAUGGGCGCCCAUUUGUUUACUAUGUGUUACUAAUACAUUUCCCCAAAAGGGGAGCCUAAGGCUGUCUGGAGCAGUCACCUGUGUUGUCUAUCAGUUAGUCAGUAGACACUAAAAUUACAUCACAUAAUCCCUCGCUUAGUGUCACAAUUUAUCUUGACGUCAGUAAAAUGUGUGCAUGCCAUGAAUCAUGAGAAAAAUUAUGCAGUCUGUACUCUACAGCACUGCAUGACAUAUUAACUUGAAAAGCAAGAAAUAAAAAUGUUUGUUACUCUUA